UUUGCUAAACGUCUUCCACGAAGUACAUCCUGCUACUGCCUGGUGCCUAUUUCGAGUUGUUUCUUCUCCUUAGUUGGCUCAUCAACCCCUCGCAUCAGAAAUUGAACCUGCUACUGCUUUUACUAAUUUGCUUUGCUUGGCUUGGCUUAAAUUGGUUAUCAGUGUUCACCUUUUCUUAUUUCUUCUGCCAGAAUAUAUCCAUCAACCUUUUGCAAGAAAGAAUAGACUUGCAGUUGCAAUCGAGCAGAUCUACUGAAAUAUCCGUCAGCCACACUAUAUCAGGAAGAAUAGGCUAUCAACUGCAAUCAAGAUGAUUUGUUGUGUCCAAUUUGUUUCUGCAUCGAAUUUCCUAAAUACCAUUUUUUAGACCUGCAGGUGGGCAAGCCAGAUGCAAAAUCGCUUGCCACGUAGGCAUGAGACAGUCACAUUUCGCCACACGAUGCAGUCCUCAAACGGCAGUUAACAGCAGUUAAGUUGACGCUUGCCACGUAGGCAUGAGACAGUCACAUUUCGCCACAUGAUGCAGUCCUCAAACGGCAGUUAACAGCAGUUAAGUUGACUGUGAGAGGAGGGGCAACAUUGCUCGGAUUGUAGAGUUCAGCGGCUUUAUAUUGCUCUUUUCCUUUGCUCGCUCACCUUUUCUUAUAUUCAGACACCGUUUGGCUUGCAAUUGGGACAACGGCUACGACUCCAAAGAAUUGAGCUUGCAACUAGAUUUGCUGUGACUUGUAAUUUGCUCGGUUUAAUUUGGUCAUCAUCAUCAAUUUUUUCAGUUUUAUCUAUUAAACUUGCAGGACCUUUUUUAAUGGCGGACAUAGUAGGGGCGAUCUUCGGUGCAUUCAGUUGCAUUUGUGGUACUCCAACCUGCAACUGUAUAGAUCAACAUAGAAAUUUUAAUGAUGAUGUGGAUGAGCUGAGAAGAAAAUUGGACAGUCUAACUAGUCAGAAACAAUAUAUAGAAUCAAGAAUACAAGUAGCGGAGGCUCGUGGGGGACAAAUGGUUGGACAACAAGUGCAAGAAUGGCUUAAGCAAGCACAAGAGAUCAAUGUUGAUGUGCGAGCAUUUUUAGAAGAUGUGCAGGGAGUCAAGUGGUGCAAGCAUGCCUGUCUUGACAAACGUGUUUGCAGAAAAAUUGAUGUGGUGAAGGACAUGCUUGAAAAAGGUAGUUUUCCUGAAGGCCUUUUUAUUGAGAGAGCUCCAGCUCAUGGAAACACAAUUCCAACGGAGAAUUUAGUGGGGGAAAUUUCUACUGAAGAAGAAAUUCGCGGGUACUUGAUGGGUGAUGAGGUUGGAAUGAUCGGAGUUUGUGGGAUUGGUGGAGUUGGAAAGACUACGAUCAUGAAGAAUCUCCACAACGAUUUACAAAGGGAGACUAGAUUUGAGAAAGUGAUAUGGGUUACUGUGUCACAUCCUCUCAAUGUUUUUGAAUUACAAAAGAAGAUUGCUGGUGCUAUGUACACAAGACUUCCAGAAGAUGCAGAGGUGAUGAUGCGAGCAGCAGCACUAAUGGAAAUAAUGAGAAGAGAGAAAUUUGUGCUAAUAUUAGAUGAUGUAUGGCAAAAGUUCACUCUUAAGGAAGUUGGAAUUCCAGAUCCGAAUGCACAGAAAGGUUGCAAAGUAGUUGUCACUAGUAGAUCAAUUGAAGUAUGCAGUUAUUUGUGUUGUAAGAUUGUUAAAGUGCAACCUCUUUCACAAGAGGAGUCUCUAAAGUUAUUCCUAGAUACUGUUGGGGAUGAUAUUUUGCAAGUUACAGGGUUAGAAGACAUUUUGAAGCUCAUUGUGGAAGAGUGUGCCGGUUUACCACUCGCCAUUGUUGUGAUAGCAGCAAGCAUGAGGGGAGUAGAUGAUGUUAAUGUGUGGAGAAAUGCACUAACUGAAUUACGAGAACGUGUAGAGGGUGUGAAUGAUUGGGAUGAUCAGAUAUUUCAACGGUUAAGAUUUAGUUUUGAUCGUUUGGAUCGGUUGGAUAUCAAAAAAUGUUUUCUGUAUUGCUCCUUGUUUCGAGAAGAUUAUGAGUUUUCUAGAAUGGAGUUGAUAGAAGGUUGGAUUGAUGAUGGAUUAAUUGAUAUUGAUGAUUUGGGAAGUAGACAAAAAGCAUAUGAUAGGGGUCAUGCUUUAUUAGACAAGCUUGUAAAGAACUGUUUGAUUCAGAAAGGGAGGGUCUGCAGACUUCCUAGAGUUUGUGAUGUUUUUAAGAUGCAUGAUGUAGUGAGAGACAUGGCUAUCAGAAGCAUCGGUCCUGAAUUUGGAUAUAUGGUAAAAGAAUUGAGAAGGGUAGCGAAUGCGCGAGGGUGGGCCGAAGAUUUCAGGAAGUUGUCUCUAAUGGCAAUUUACAUUUCAGAACUUCCUGCUGGUUUGUCAUUGAAGUGUCCGAGUCUUUCAACUUUGAUAUUAUCGGAUAAUCAUAUAUCGGAGAUUCCAAAAUCCUUUUUUGAAGAUAUGGGCACACUCAAGAUUCUUGAUCUUUCUCGAACUGAUAUUGAGACUUUACCUGAUUCCAUAUGUGACUUGGAGAAUCUCUCUGUGUUGCGGUUGACGGGGUGCCAGAGGUUAAAGUGCCUGCCUUUCUUAGGGAAGCUUAGGGCACUGAAGAAGUUGGAUUUGCGAGGUGCAGGAAUAAAGGUGGUCCCUCAAGGCAUGGAGAUAUUGGAAAGUCUUGAAUAUCUGAAUUUAUUUUGUAGAAAUUUGAAAGACAUUCCAACAGGAAUAUUGCCUAAACUUUCUAGUCUACAGUACUUGACAGUAUGUUAUUUGGAAGGAACCAGUCUAAAGAUAGAUUCAGAAGAGGUUGCGAGAUUGAAAAAGUUAGAGAUUUUAGAAUGUCGACUUGAUGGUCUACAUGAGUUGAAUUCUUUUGUGAGAUCGUUCAAAAAUUUCCAAAGUCUUACAGCUUAUGGGCUUGUUGUGGGUUCUGGGCCUUGGAAGAAUGAUAUGCCACGCAUUACAGAUGAAAAAUUUUCAUACGACUGGAGUGAUUAUGGAAGUUGUCUUCAAAUUAAACGUUGGCUUGAAAUUAAUCGGCCGAAGAUAGGUGGAGAAUGUAUGGUGAUGCUUCCAGAUAACCUUGAGGAUUUGCAGAUUACAUGCAUGCAAUACAGGACAAGCAGGAGCUUAAACAAAAUGGUUUUGUUAGAAAAUGCAACCGAGUUGAGAAGGUGUCGUAUCAGUGAUUUUGAAGGGAUAGAGUGCGUGGUUCAGUUGGACUCAUCAUCCUCCCCCUCAUUAUCUUGUCCAGUACUCGAUAAGCUUGAAUGGCUGUUUAUUAAUAAUUUGUCCGACUUGUGUGUGCUUGUGAGAGUGGUAGGAGUACCAACACCACCACGCGUCUUUUCCAAUCUUAAAGAGCUUUAUAUAAACAGCUGCAGAGAAAUGAGGAAGUUGCUUCCACUUGAGCUACUGCAAGCCCUUCAAAACUUAGAGAAGAUUCAAGUUUGGAAUUGCACAAAAAUGGAGGAGAUAAUAGCAUCAUCAGAUUCAGAUGCAUCAUCAUCGAAUAAAUUCACUUUCACUUUUCCUAAGUUAAGGAAGUUGGAUUUGGGACACUUACCCAAAUUGAAGAGUAUCUGCAGUGCCAAAGGAGUGAUGAUUUAUGAUUCUAUUGAAGAAAUUAAAAUAAACACAUGUCCGGAGUUAAAGAAGAACCCUUUUCAGCACCUGCUUGAUAAUGGCCAACUAUCUCCUCCUCCUCGUCUCACAGCAAUCAAGAUUCAUAAAAGCUCAAAAGGAUGGUGGGAAUCACUGGAGUGGGAUCAUCCUGACGCUAAGAACCUUCUUCAACCUUACUUGAAAUAUUACAUUUGAUUGAGGGGUGAAGUGAAGAGCUGCAAACAGCAAAUGGACUUGUUGACAAAUUGUAACUUUCCAGAGAUUAAAGUCACGUGCCACCUGAAUAACACGUGCCCAAUAAAAGCUCUUCCUCAAUUCCUUCCUUACUUCCACGACGAAGUCAGUUGGGUAUUCUAGAAGAGAAAGAGGUGGAUGUUUCUGAGAUGGAAACCCUAAGUGGGUAUAUUCUGGAAGACAAAGAUAUCCAGCCUUCGCUUCAUUACAAACUCCAACCAAUAAUUUCCUGUUGGUUCUGUGAGGUAUUUAUUCUAUGAGGGUGAAGCGGAAGAGGUGAGGAAAAAUGAAAGUGGAACUACAAAGAAGGUUGACAAUAAAGCAGUUACCAACAAUAUCAACAGGCCUCCCGCACCCAAGAAGUUUCUUGCAUUAGGAAGUGCUGCUCCUCAUCUGGGAAGGAAAGCAGGAGAGGGGAAAGCAGGGAAAGCAAAGGAUUCCAAGCAAGGCAAUAUCUCAUUGUUCUUCUAGAGCAUUAAUUUGAGAAGAUUGGCAGAAUGAAGUUUCGGUUUCUUCUUCCUAGCCAUCAUUCUUCAUUGGAUCUCAUUCUUUCUUUUGAUUGGAUAAUUAUAGAUCUAAUUCUUGUUUAUCUACAAUGGGAGACUGGUAGUGGUAACCCUACCAACCACUGAGGUAAGUUAUUUUCUAUGUUAUGUGUGUGCUAUAUAAACAAAAUGACAUAGU